GGACCCAGCAAUCAGCUGCUUGAAACCCAAACAAACACACGUGAAUUUUUAAAAAGUAAAUAAAUAAAGUUUUUGAGGAAAACUAAAACAAUUAUGUCCUCUCCCAGUGAAUACUCCUCGGCUUCUGAGCACGAGGAAAGCAACGACGACGAAACUCAGAAUGCCAUUCGUGAAGAUCUCAAAGGAAUGUCCUUUGAGGAGAUAAUGAAACUGAAAGAGGAGCUAGGCGCCAAGGUAUACAAAGAGGCUGUUCUCGGUGGCAAGAGUUCCAGACCCCAAAGACCUAAGGCCAAAACCGACCUAAAGCGCCUGAACAAAAACAGACCCCGUGAAAUGACCACCAGGAGACAGGUGCCAUUUCUGGGCGCAGAGCACCGAGUGGAGCGCAAGAAAAAUGUGGAACUUAGAGAUCCAAGAUUUGACGAGAAAUCAGGAGCAUAUAGUGCAGAAACCUUUAAGAAAAACUACCAAUUUGUCUCCCAAAUUCGAGCAAAGGAAGUUGGUCAGCUGAAGAAGAAACUGGACGAGGUGGAGGAUGAGGCGGAGAAGCACGAUAUAAAGGACACCAUGCAGCGACUUAUUAAUAAAAACGUCGAGGACAAGAAGUGGCACACCAAACAGAAGCAACUUAAAAAGGAGCGCUCUGUCAUUCAGAAGAAACACGACCUUGGACAACAGCCUCACUAUCUGACAAAGAAGGAGCGGCGAGCUAAGGAACUAGUGGCCCAAUUCGAGAAGCUGAAAAACACCGGAAAACUCAACAAACACAUGGAGAAGCGACGCAAGAAGAACGCCGCCAAGGACCGCAAACGCAUUGGUAUAGAAUAAGACUUACGCUUUAAGUAUAAAUGUAUUUUUAAACAAUUAAAAGCACAGUGCAAAUAAGCAAACCUA